CACCCAUCCUUCAACUAUUCAGAGCUAAGUCUACCAACUUACUACAUAGGUAGUAAGGUAGUAGGUGGAAUAAUACCGAGCAGGACGCUCUGUCGUCAAGAUGACAGCGUUCAAUGCAAUCCGAAGACUAGCAGAUUGCUUUCAUCUGCUCUCAAAAUGCAUCCUCAUCUUUGCGAUUCACCGCAACCGGAGCGCUGAAGGCGUCUCUAUGAUUACUCAAGCCUUCUACGCCGUCGUCUUCUGCACGCGAUACACCGAUUUCUUUACCGAAACCUCGAAAUGGAAUUACUUCUUCAAGCUAUUCUACAUCAUAUCCUCCUUCUAUAUCAUCGCCAUCAUGCGAUGGUUAUUCCCACGAACAAGAGAGCGGGAGAUCUCCUGGAAGUUGGGUGCCGUGGUUUUGAUGGGAUCGCUCUUCAUAUCACCCUUCAUGAUGUUAAUCUUCGAGGCUAAAGGGCGCUGGGGCUUUUUCACCUGGAUGUACGACUUCUCUCUCAUUCUCGAAUCCAUUUGCGUCUUGCCGCAACUCCUGCUCCUACGUCAGACGAACGUCCCCACCGUCAUCGAUUCCUUCUACUUGCUCACGCUGGGCUCCUACCGCGCCCUCUACAUUCUGAACUGGAUCUGGCGCGAGCUCGACGUUAACGACCGCGGCCCCAACCCUGUCUCCGUCAUAUUCGGCAUCGUUCAGACCGCUCUCUACGUCGACUUCUUCUGGGUUUACUACUCACGCCAGCGCGUCAAGCUCCGUGCCGGCGGUAUCGUGGACGCUGACGACAUCCGUCGCGGUUGGCUCCUCAACCGCAUCUUCGGCAACAAGCGCUUCCAGGCCGCCGAUGCCGCCGACGAGGAGAGCGCUCCAGCCCUCGGCCCCAACGGCAACGCAGCCCCAGGACAACGUAGGUCUAAGUGGGGUAGCAGGGGUAUCUCGAUUAGCGCCGAUGAGGGCGUUCACGAACAGGAGCAGCACCACAGUGAUGAUGAUUUCAAUGAUGCGGCCGUCGACCCCGAUGCCAAGAUGAGGGACCCCGACGAGCUUGCCCGCGUCCUCGAUGACGACGAGUCUGACUCCGACGACGAAGGACUACCAGGACCCGUGGCCGGAACGUCAUCUCACAAAGGCCCCGACAAGGCCCCGACUGGCAUAAGCAACGGGAGUGAGUGGCGGGAUAACUGAAACCACGGUAUUCCACCCUCCAGCCAGAGUGGAUGAAAUAUACAUGUGUUGAAAAGGGGUAGUUUGAUAAUCAGUCUCUGCUAUUGCAGAAAUUGCUUACUUGUUGCGAAACUUGGGACGGGAUGAUUACCACCCCUCUCCCACAAACAAUUGUACGUUGUAUGUAUGUUAUAGCAUAGUAGGCAAACCGGAGGAAUAUUACUGGUGCGGCGUACCGCGUGCAAGGGGAGUCAAGGUGGCUUUUGUUUCUCCAUCCCUCCAUCCCUCCAUCCCUUCUUGUCUUUUCCCUCCCCCUUCCCCCCCCCCCUUUUUUUUUCGGUACAUGGAGGCUUAAUCAGGGGUACUUUGAAAGAGAAAAGGGUUUCAAUGCUUCUUUGCGGUGGAAAUUCUUUUAAGCCCCCUUCCUUUGAAUUGAAAGGCAUCUGUUUCCUGCUUUAACCGAUCUAUCUAUCUAUCUGUCUAUCUAUCUAUAGGUAUGUAGAUGGUAGCAUCCGUGGAUGUUUAAUGGUAUAUAUAGUAGGGCAUAGUAGGGCAGGG